AUGAUUACUGGAUCAAGAUAUUUUAUAUUUUACUAGAGAGGAAAAAAAAAGUAAUCAAAUAGUCUCUUUUGAUUUAUUAAGGCACAAGAGAUGGAUUAAAUUGUUAAUAAUAUUGGAAUAAAGUGAAUGGUAAAGCAAAUUUACUUAUGGUAUUUAAAUCCAAAAGUGAUUACAUCUUUGGAGCAUACUCUCCUUGUAAAUGGAAAUCAGCUAAUUGUGGGAAAAAUAUAGAAGAUAAUACGAUAUCAUCUUUUAUAUUUUCAUAAACUCAUGAUUAAAUUUACCCAUUAAAAUAGGAUUCAAAAUAAUAUGCUAUUCAUUGUAAUUACAAUUAUGGACCUAUAUUUGGAAAAGGAUAUGAUAUUCUAAUAAAUGGUAAUUUUACAGAUGGAUAUUCAUAAUUAGGUCAAGGAUACUAAUUUGAGAAAUAUAAGAAUGGAAGCAAUGAUCCAUAUUUAUUUGGAUAAGAUAAGCCAGAAAUAAAAGAAUGUGAAAUAUAUGAAUUAUAAUUUGUUUGA